AUGUUAUUGGAGUCGCUGUUGUGGGAGGAGCCUGCACACAUGGAGUUGCCAAGAGUGGGAUCAUUAAUCAGAUUGUGUGGACACAGCGGAGGAGACACUCCUAGUCCUGAGCAGAAUGCAGAGCCAGGGAGGCUGAGCGCCCAGCAGGUGAGAGAUCGCAGAGUGAGCAGCUGCUUCCUAUCUCUGAGCUGUCAGGCGCAAUGACACGUCUGCCUCCUAUUGGAUAACAGGAAACCGUCUUCAUCCCCGCCCGCAUUUAACCAAUUCAGUGCAGUGGUGUGUCAGACCUCUGCAGAGGGACCGCUGCUUCCACUGCAGAUCAGAUGAGAACACAUCCAUAAGAUCAGGAGUAAACAUGGAGGCUUUAGAACGCAGUGGGUGGUCUGAGCUGCAUCACGCGGCUUACAAGAAUCACGUCUCGCUGGUAGAACGUCUCAUUGAGUCCUCUGGACCGGCAAUCUUGGACACCACAACGGAUGACUCCAUUCAGAACACGCCACUGCUGCUGGCCGUCUCCAGCGGGAGCCAUCAGAUGGUGAACUUGCUGGUCAAACUUGGCGCAGUUGUUACUUGUAUAAACAGACACCGGCAGGGAGUUGUGGAAAUCUGCGCUCUUCAGGGCCACCUUCACCUUCUCCAAUACUUCAUUGGUCUUCACAACAAGAAUCUGAAUGUGUAUAAGAAACUUAUUGCCCUUCUGGACUCUGAUGAAGAAGAAGAAGACCACGUCGUUGGGUCUUGUUCCAUGAUUUCUCAAUUGACCAGCCCCUCGGGGGAGGGGUCAGAUGGCCAUCUAAAAGGUUUUAUCGAGGAAGGCCUGGUUUCUGGGUUGGUUGGCGUCUUACGGAGAAGUUUUGGUGAGAAGGUCAAGGCUACAACAUUAUAUCUGCUGAAAAAUAUCUUGAGGUGUAAAAAUGGAAGGAGGAAGUUACUGGAGAUUGGUGGAAUCCAAGUCCUUGUGUCUCUCAUGGACAGUAAGUUGAGGAAUUUAUUUCCCACCAUAAUGGACUCGGUAUGUGAACUGAGUGCUGAGGAAGACUCUGCUGAAGAGCUCUCCAAAACCUUCAUUCCAACCCUCAGAGAAGUACUGUCCGUCCUGGAAGAGGAGGCCCCGGAGGAGGUCCUACAGCCAAUAUUACAAGGGACGGGCCUCCUCGCGGCCUCCUCUCCUCCAUGGAAGGAUGCAAUGGGGAGGCAAAGUGGUCUUCUCACCCUUAUAGUAAAACUAUUUCAGGUCUGCCAGUCAAAACCCCUUCUAAUUUCAUGGAGUGAUGCUGUGGGACGUAUCGCUGAAGGCCACCAAAAUAACCAAAGUAUUCUCAUCAAUGAGAACGCGGGAUUGUGCCUUCACCACAUGAUGAAGUCCAAAAACAGAGAUGUCCAGAUGUCGGCCGUGGAAACGUUAUACAGGUUGGUGGAAGGGAAUCCUCACACCAGAAGGCGGGUCCUGGAGUCAGGCAAUCUAUCCAGCCUCAUCCACCUGCUGAGGAGAAGCAAAUCUCAGCGUACACAGGAGGCGGUGGCCCGGGCACUGUGGACCUUGGCAGGGGACGAGAUGGAGGCUCAGAGAAUGGUGGCUGCCAGGAUAGGUGUACCUCUGCUGGUUGAAUUCCUCUCCCUUCCGUCUUGUACACUGAACUUGAUUGGGACCGGCGGUCUCAGCGCUCUGGUCCAAGGACCCUACGACGUGAGAAACGCGGUGAUGUCUGCUGAUGGAGCCCGCCAUCUUGUCCGCCUUCUGAGAUCGCAGGAGGAGGAGGUGGUGCUGAGCGCCAUCCGAGCCCUCCAACACAUCUGCCUUGGAGUCGGUUUUGUUCCACAUGUCAAGAACCAAUGUGCCGUGGCCAGCUCCAGCGGACUGAAAUUUCUCAUCGCAUUAAUGCGGCACUGCGACUCCGAGCGGGUUCGGGUGGAAGCUUCUCUCGCUAUCGCUGCCUCUGUUCUCGGAAAUCCGGAAAACCUGGAACUCAUCAGUAAGUCCUCAGGGUUCAGUUACAGCCACAUUCUCCGUCUUCUGCACUCACCCAAUGAUGAGGUCCGCCUAACUGCCGGCGCGGCCAUCGCCACCUUCGCCUUCAACAGCCCCAGCCAGCAGAAGGAGAUUGUCCAGAGUGGCGGGGUGACCUGGGAUGACUUCAGCCCCUUCCUGGAAACAGACGAUGAGAAUCUAGGAGCCAGCACAGCCUUCCAGCUGGUGGUCUUGGCUCCGAUUAUUCCCGAUAAAGAUCCAUCGUAUACCUGCGCGGUGGGAAUUCAGACGCUGAUUGGGCUGCUGGAGAAAUCACAAUCUAACAAGACGCAGGCGCUGACAGCUGAUUGUGUGGCCAGAUUGUCGCACUGCCGGGCAGGUUUAGCGGCUGCCAUGGUCUCCAUAGAUGUUGUCAGCUUCCUGUGCCGUCUUCUGUCCAGUCCAUCCGGGCAGGUGAAGGGCUCCGCCGCCAUCGCUCUGAGCUUCCUCAGUCUGCACCCUCUGGCUGAAAGACAGCUGCUGAGAAGAUGCCGGGAGGAUCCUGAGAUGAUGAAAGUUUUAAUCUUCUACAAUAAGAAGCGAAGGUGGCCGGAAAACUUUCUGGAGCGCUGGAGACACAUGAGGGCGCUGACUCUGCCACCCAUCCGGAAUCUGUCUACAGAGGGGCACACAGAGCCCAGGAGUCCCAGGCGUAUGCGAAUAUUUGUGACGUCAGCCGAUGAUCAGACGAAGAUGGCGUGGAAGAAUCCUGCGGUGAAUGAGACCCCCACAGAUCCAUCACUUCCUUCCGGCGGGAAUGUUGUCAGUUUUCUCCAUCAAUAAAUGAACGGAUUUUCCAUCCUGAACAAUGAAACAGCGUCAUCCCCGUCCGCAUUAGAAGAUCCGCAGCAAGACCGUGACCAGAUUUAUCUAUAGAGAGAGAUCAGAACCAAGUCACCACAAAAGAAAUCUCUUUAUUUUAGGGAGGAUACAGAGAAAAAUAUAAAGCGAUAUUUCAGGUGUUGAUGACUUUCUCUCCUGUCACAUGACAUCCAAUAUCCAGAGCCAGACGGCGAGGUGACCAAUGGGAUCACAUGAAUCUGAUUUCCAGAGACGGCGAUCAAUGACAUCACUGAUCACCCAAUAUGGCCAAUAAUACAUUUCACAUGAAUUGUUACUUUGUAUCUUAUAAUCCACACUUCAUCUGCAAACAAUAAAAAUACCCUAUUUCAUGUAC